AAAAAAAAAAAAAAAAUUGGAUCAAAAAAUAAAACUUCUAUAGAGAGGUGAGAGAGUCUUUUCUCUCUAGCUUUUCUCCCCACCGCCAACCCAGCCUCGACAAAGCCUCACUGUCUUCCGUUACAGUAGCCGAUAGAGGGUCUCUACCCGUUGGUCGUCACCCCGUUUCGUCACCGUCCUAGCCUAUACCCUUUCAAGCUUUGUCUUCUCCACUUCCUCCUUGCUUCAUCUCCUCUGUUUAUCGUCGGGUUGCGGCCGGACCAAGCGAUUCAAACCGGCGGUGGUGGGAGUCCUCAGCCUCCUUGGAGAGAUGGCGAGGUCGUGGUGAGCCGGAUCUGAGCUGGAGGCGUCGUAUAGCGGGUAGAUCUAGGGUUUGACUUUAAGUAGAUCUGGGUCAGAUCUCUCUAGGAGGGUUCGCCGGAGUGGCUUUGCAUCGCUGCCUUCGCCGUUCUGGUCAGUUGCUGCCUCCACCGUCUUCCCUUGUCUCCUCUUGCGACCGCUUUGGUAAGAACUUCCCCCUCUUGUUCCAAGUUGAAAAGGCGAUAUCGAGGCUUAUCGUCGGGGACUUCUUCUCGGAAAUGGUUUCUCGACAACCACCUGGUGUUUUGUUGAGUUUAUUCUCUCUGUUCGCCUGCUAUUAGGAGCUCUUGCUCCUCUGUUCCUCAAGCUUCAGAAGAAAGUUGGCCGCUGUCCUCUGCCUCUCUUGGUGUUCUGAUGCCGGAAUCCUUUGUGCUCUGCUCGUGUGGUGGGACCAGAGUCCAGCCGAUUAAACCUCUGCUUCCGCCUGCAAGUAUCCCACCUGUACUUCAUCUACUGGUUUCUUUACACCAGCUAGGAUUCUCAGAGCAAGGCGUGGCAGCUUCUUGAGAUAGCAAUGUCUGGAUUGGACUUCACUGCUUGCGAUGGACGGACCAGGACUUGCCGACCCUGCUUCGCCUAUCCUUCUGUUGAAGCUCCUUCGAGACGGUUUCGGCUUCAAGAUCUUCACUUUGGUCUACUGUUAGCUAAAAGUUCCUCGUUCAAGGAGCAAAGUCUUCAUGUUGCUUCUGUCAAGAGCAUACUUGAAAGUCAUGCCAGUUAUUUGAUGUCGGGUAAAGAACUUUCGAGCUGUGCUCAGCUGGAGAAUUUCGCAGCAGGACUUGAACUGAUUGGUCAAAAGCUGCAAAUAAGUGAGCUACAGAACCGGUUAGAUGCAGAGUUUCUACCGGCUCAGAUGUGUUCAGUGAAGUUCAAAGAAUGGAUAGUUGUUCUUGCCACUCUCUUACAACGGUCCGAGAGGUACUUUAUGAUAUAUUCCGGUCUGAUCUACGGUUGUGGAAAGCAUAUAGCAUGACAUUACAGUCUCACUUGGGUUUAGCUCUGUACCAAUGACUUACUCCAGAUCUUAGAGGAGAAACUCUCAGCCACCCCACGAGAAGGAAGCAGUAGAGAUAUAAACAUGAUUCCAAAAGAAAUAAGAAAUACAUGUUUGAGAGCGUAGGUAUAAAAUUGCAGUUCUUGUCUUCGAGCACAAUGUCAGUUUGGAGUCUGUCCAGAUUAGCAAAGCAGACUCGGAACCAACCUGGCUCAUAGCAGUGAAAGGACGAGCCAGGAGAGACAUUGGUCUUGACCUUAUUAACGGUCUUAUUCUUUAAGCAUCUGACUCAAACCCAAGCAAGAAACCCCAUCUCGUAAAGAUUCGGUGUCUCUUUGCUUCUUCUCUCUUUAAGACCUCUGUAAGGAAGUUACAGACACAUCUAUUUGCAAAAUUUACAAAACAGAACACUGGAAUUUUUUCAA